AUGUUGGCAAGCAGAGCAGAAGCGCCUCUGGGAUGGUUCAUGAUCGAGCCUUCAUAUUCCUGUCCAAAUGAAGAAUUAGUGGGCAAAUACGGAGAUGGUGUUAAGUGGGUCUGUAACCCACGAUCUCUUGACAAUGCAGCGAGGGAAGCCCAUCGAAAAUGCGUAGUUUAUUCCUUCGGUAGUCGUGGGGAGGACCAGUUCGAGCAGGACAUCAGUCGAAUUACAACAUGUGAGAUUCACACCUUCGACCCUACGGUAGCGAAGACGAGUGGGACGCUGCAUCGUUAUGCAAUUGGUGUGAAUGAUAGUGAGCAGGGCAUUAUCCACACAAAUGCAGCCAAAACCGACACAACUCACAUAGCAUACGUGCCUAUGAAACGAUUGAGUACCAUCAUGGAAGAGUUGAAGCACGACUUUGCAGAUGUGAUGAAGAUGGACACUGAAGGCGCCGAGUUCGGAAUCAUUACGGACAUGGCAGCAACAAAUUCCAUUGAGAAAGUGGGGCAGAUGCAAAUAGAGGUGCACUGGUGGGACGCUGCUGAUCGGAAGCAGGUGUGGGAUUUAUUCGACAUUUUAAACAGCCACGGGAUGGUGGUUUUCCACAAGGAAAACAACAUCAUUUACAACAAAGGGUCUGAAUAUGCUUUGCUGCGUUUGGCACCGCGCCCGGACUUGUUCCGAGCAUUCCCUCGCCAGACCGCAGCUUUAUCUCAAGGCUUUGAAGCAGAACAUUUCUUUGCAGAAUAUGUGCAGGUGCAUAAAAGAGAGCGUGCUGCUUGCGGUCGAAUACUGGUGUUUGAUUGCAAUUUGGACGUCAACUGUGGAGGUCUUGGUGACCGUGUUACAGGUAUGGUGACUUCAGUGAUGUUGUCCAUACUCACAAACCGUGCCUUCGUGGUACAUCAGGAUUUCUUCCAUGAGUCGUUUCAGCCUGCUGACCUGGAUGUGGAUUGGCGCUGGAGCCCAGAGCUGGAGAGCUGCACCAGUCAAGCUCCACUGUUUAACUUCGUGAACAAAAACAGAAAUCCAUAUGCCAACUUUGAGGAGCUGCUGCAUGAUCACCCAGUUGUUCGCGUUGCAACGAAUCGGGGAAAUCUGCAUCGGUUUUUGGAUCAUCCUAUUUUUGGCCCGCGGUUUGCUAAGUUAGGAUUCAACAAGUGCAACAUGUUCGGCCAAGUGUUCGACAGGUUCUUUGAACCCACCCCGGCCCUUGCAACUAUGGUGCAGCAGUUUACGGCGUGGGAUGGGGAACUGGGCCAGAAGCCCACUCUAACGGUAGGAAUCCAUUUGAGGCUGGGCGACAAGUACUUCAAUCCUGAAGCGGCUGCUGGACCAAAUGAGGUACAAGUUUGGGACGAGACCUUCCGGUGUGCGAAGAGUGCGACAUCUGCAGCGGCCGCGAUCUGGGGUAGAACCAACUCUGGACCACAGGUCCAGUACUUCGUCAUGAUGGACCAUGCAGGGCUCAAGCAGCACGUUCGCACCAGGCAUCGUCAAGACAAUAUCUUGCUGAGCGAUGUAACGCCUGUGCACAUCAAUGGCAAGGAGUACAGAAAGUACCACAAGGCUGGCAAGGCCGGCGGAGCAGGGCAUCGCCUCGCAUUGCUGCAAACCUAUGCGGAGUGGUACGCAUACUCCCAGUCCAAUUUGUUCAUUUGGAACGAAUCUAGUGGCUUCAGCCGCUUGUCUCUCAUGCGCUCGUUUGCUUCAAGGCACGAACUCUUUCCUCAGUUUGGAGUGGUCCAGACAAAGGGCUGUUCGACCAUUGGUCGCGAGGCUUGCCAUUUUAUGGGCAGAUGGGGGGCUCGAGUGUAG